UCAGUUACAGAAUGAGACUCGGAAGCUAGCGAACAUCCGUAUUGUCUCUCGUGCUGUGAGCUAGCGAGCGGAAGAGUCCGUCUCUUAUCGGUAUAAAAACAUCGUCGAUUCUUAAACACGUUGCGGCGACACAGAUCUGUCGACAUUCAGAAACGACGCAUAUUUGAUUCAUCAUCUAACGGGAAGGAAACGGGGUUGAGUGGAGACUAAAAUGGAAAAGCAGUCUGUUGGCGGUGGAGAUAGCCCUGUGCAGCCGGGAGUACCGAAUCGAAACAACAAGCCUCGAACGCUGGCCAACUCUGGAUCGAGACAGACUAGCGUGGAGACAUUGGACAGGUGAAUAUAUAGCGUUUCCUGCUCUCGCUACAAACUGUUACAAUGUGACUAGCUACACUGUUAUGAUGACGAUUUUGCACUGGACAGUAGGAAUGGAAGCGCGAAUUUCGCUUCCGUAGGCUGCAGUUGUUAGACACUUGCUUGUCAUGUUUUUACAAAACGUUUAGAAUGUUACUACAGCGUUAGUUAUGAUGUUUGUGUAUUGGCUCUUGGGCGGUGUCGUGUAUAGGCCUAUCGUUGUAGAAAAGUGACUUGCUCGUUCCUAGGCAAUAGCCUGCCUGCAUGCAUUUAGGGACUUGUUUGACAUAUGUUGUUGUUAGAAUUAUUUUCAACGAGUUUAACGUUUGAACUUCAAAGGGUUGCAUUGUGCUGUAACAUGUAGGCUAUACAAGCAGUCAAUUCAUAGUAAGCUACUGUGUCUCUUGUGUAUUUCGGUAUUCGGCAAUGAGAGCGCCAGAUGGGCGUAGGGAUCUGUGCAAGUGAUGGGUCGUUCGCGAACCGCUCUUUUUGAACGGAUCAUUUUGGUGAACGUUGGGAACCGAAUCUCAUCGGUGAAAGAGUCGUUCAUUUAGCUCCCUGAUUUGCAUACUCCUACUAUUGGUUUUUGAGCUCAAAACGUUUUUCUACACAUAAGUUACGAAAUAUUGAGGGUGAAUCCUCACUGCAUAAACAAUAAAUAGUGGUGAGAGCGCGUCAAUCUGGUCCACGCUCAUUUUUGCAAUGCAUUUUAAAAACGUAAUAUUCCAUAUUUGGCCAGGUAAAAAUGUAUUUGCAUGCGCAUUUCACGACCUGACAUAAUGUUAGACUUUUGGGCUUUACUUUGGAGAUUAGUAAACAUUUUUCAUGGUUCUAGGUCGUUUUUUAAGCUUUUUAAAUAAAGAGCCGUUUGGGAGCCAAAUGACCGGCUCUUUUACCUGAACGGAGCCAAAUGUGCCGGCUCACCGAAAAGACUCGGAAUGCCCAUCACUAAUCUGUGCCAAGUGAACACGCCCCUGUUAUAAAGCAGUGGCUUUUCACAGCAGGAAUCAGCCUAACCGCAACCUAUUUUAGCCCAGAUGUUGCAGACAUAGGCUUUUUUAUUGUGAUGUAGCCUACUACUGUGCGUGACUGACUGUCUUGCUCUAUGGUAUCUCGUAAACAUUGCUCUCUUUCUCCCUCCCUUGAACCCACUAUUGAACCCUCUGUCCCCCUCUGUCUGUCUCUCUGUUUUUAUCUGUGUCCCCUGGUCCCUCUCUCCUUUGAACUCUCUCUUUCUGUAUAUCCCCAUAUACCUUCAUCUGUUUGUCUCUCUCUCCCUCUCUCUUUCUGUAUAUCCCCCAUAUACCUUCGUCUGUCUCUCUCUCUCCCCUUUCUCUCACCCUCCCCACAACCACCCCCCUCUCCCUCCUCCCUCCAUCCCUCGUCCAGUCCUACAGGUUCUCAUGUAGAGUGGUGUAAGCAGCUGAUAGCAGCCACCAUCUCCAGCCAGAUAUCAUCCAUAACCCCAGACACUGCAUCCAGAGACUGCAAGGUGGGGGAAACACACGUGGUUGGUCACACACACACACACAUGGUCGCACGCACAAGCACUGACACGGUCGCACGCAGAAGCACUGAUGCACACACACACACACACACACACACACAUUUGCUGUUUGUAAUAGCAGGCUUAUGACAACACAUAAGGGCGGCAGGUAGCUUAGUGGUUAAGAGCGUUGUGCCAGUAACCGAAAGGUCGCUGGUUCUAAUCCCCGAGCCGACUAGGUGAAAAAUCUGUCGAUGUGCCCUUGAGCAAGGCACUUAACCCUAAUUGCUCCUGUAAGUCGCUCUGGAUAAGAGCGUCUGCUAAAUGACAAAAAAAAAAAAAAAAACACAUGCACACACAAUAAGAGGUUUAGACACACACAUCAUAACCUGUGUUUUCUGACUGACAGGUUGGGAGAAGGACAGAUCUCCCAAGGGUAAGGUUAACCAUAGCCGCAGCAGUGUUGCCUGUGGGUGUGCUUACAUGCUCCAUGUACCCUGUGUAGAGAGUGAUUUAGGUAGUCUUCCUAUGCUGAGUCUUUUCUACAGCAACUGACUCAGUCAUGCAUUGUCAUUCUUCUUGCAAAGGCUACAGUCAAUCUUUUGUCUGUCUCUCUCUCUGCACCCUUCAGAAAGCAUAAUUUUAGUAUUUUUCUGAAUUGAUGUUCUAGCUUUUGUAUUCAGCUUGUCAAUGCUUCACUAACCGUCUGUUGCAGCUUUACCUUCUGGUGAUACACCACUGUUCAGGGGGCUUCUAGGCAUUUCCUUUAGCUCUGUGUGUGUUUGAGUGUUAACCCGGAGAGUGUGUGUGUGUGUAGUAACCCAGUGUGUGUGUGUGGUUAUCUGUAACCCACAGGUGUCCAAGAGGCCUGUUCUCAGGGUAAGAUUUAAAGACUGGUGGAUUCCACCCAACAGCCUUUUUAACAUUCAUAGGCUAUCUUAGUACUUGACAACCUGUCAAAGAGUGUGUAGAGUACAGUGCAAUUUGUUUCUUUGUGAUUACCUACAUAUCGUUUAUUUGUGAUGUUCUAUUUUUAUGGUUGUCAGCUCAUUCUUUGUGGGCUGUGUGGUAGUUUGUAGGAGCUGCCAUGCUAUUUCUACUGUUUGUACGUGUAUCUAUUACUUUCAAAGCUAAAGAUGCUGCUGUCUACAGCCUUCAAGGCCAGCGUUUCCCAAACCAGGGGUCGCGACCCCAUGUGGGCUCGCCUGAUUUGAAAAUGGGGUCGCGAGAGAAACUCCGAAAUAUUGUAUUUAUUUUUAUAAUUGUGCUUGGUUCAUAGAACCCAGGUUACGUCAGUAGCCUCUGGUAGCCGCUAGAUGCGGUUCCUACAAAUGUGGCUCUAUCUUUUGAAGCUACAAACUAUUAUGACCCCAUUACUGGAAGAUAAGACUCUCAGGAACACGUAUUUGUCUGUUUCCAACUACAAUGCCCACAAGCCGUGCAGGACUCAUUAGAACAGGGUGGACAAAAUCAGGCACUGAAUCAGACUGGGGGAAAAUAACAGAAUCACUAACCAGGUUUCCAUCCAACCUUUUUAUUAGAGUAAAGUACAUGUCGGAUAAAACAUGUCACGACAGGCCUGAAGGAAACAGCAAAUUUGUCUUAACUUUCCAAAUGUCAACAAAAUCUUUUUGUGUCGGUAAAAUGCAUUAUGUGUGGAAUCGCCUUUAUGCGCAAAUAUUGAUGUAAUAACCAUCAUAUCGAAGUGAACUUGGAGUCACACGAUAAUGUGUUGUGUGGUCCUCCCACUACGACUCGUGAAAGCAUGCAGUUUAUUAGGCUGCAGAUUAAAUAAAUUACAGGAUGAUGAACUGCACAGGGUGGUGAAAGUGCACAGUGAUGAGCUUGAUGAUCCUUUCCAAUAAAUAGAGAGGGUUUUAUUCUGGUGAUAUGAUGAUCGAUGCUUGACUGCCGUUUAACAAAUCAAAAUAAUCUCGCUCUUUUGUCCAUAAUAAUCUCAUCAUGUAGUAGGCUUUACCUGCACUGUAUCUGCGAGCAAUUGGCUAGAUUGCACGUGACAAGACCAGAGUGGACACACUCGCUAUAUAACGCAGCAAUUUGUGUAACAAAACCAUCAGUAGAAUUGAGAAUGUGAUGGAAACCCAUUAAAAAUAUAUAUAUAUAUAUAUAUUCGGUACAUUGGAAUUUAACUGCCUAAGGUAUUUUUAUGUGCACUACGUCAUCACGCACAGGCUUUUUAUCACUACAUUUAGAUGUUUCAUCAGUUUGAUGGAAACACCUCUCUGGUGGGAAAAUUGUUUUAUUGUUUUAUGCUGAUUUUAGAAUAUUCGCAUUAAAAUCUGUCGCCAAUUGGGUGGAAACCAGGCUAAUGAUGAUGUUAUUUUAUACACAGAAGUUCAGAAGAUCAUCAGUCUAACUUUUUAUGAAUUUCCCAAUACCUUUCUGAUGCAUUUCAGUCAUUUCAAACUUCCUUCAUAUUGAAAUACUGUCAAAAGUACUGUCAGACUGAUUUGUAAUAGACUGUCAUAGCCCCAAUUUUGUAAAAAAAUAAACACUGGCCGUUGAUUACAUCACUUUUUUUCCAUAGUGGGGUCGCGGACCAAAAACGUUUGAACCCCUGCUGUAGCCUCUCUGUAACGUUAUGCAGCUUUGCACCCUUCUUCACUUCCUGUUAGAGCUCUACUGAUUCUAACUUUUCUAAUUUCACCACAGAGCUUCACCCACUUAAUGCUCACAUCCGGUCUCUGUGACCUUUUAGACCUCAAAGACCCUUUUAUCAACUCUUCUGCAUUCUUUCUUUCUUUCUUUCUUUCUUUCUUUCUCUCACGUUCUCUCUCUCAUUUUCUCUUUCCUCAUUCUCUCUCUUGUUCUCUCACGAUAACUUGCAACUGUAAGAUAAUUACCUUUCCUUCACUCUCUUUCUCUCUGCUUCCACGCUUGCCUUGCCUCCCCCCUUGGUCCAGGACUUUAUGGAAAGGGAACAUUGUUACCAAGACGAUAGUGACUCUGAGCUUCCCCCCCACGCUUUGGCAAGUUUCGCUCUCUGUCCCUCCCUCCCUCCAUCCCUCUCUCCUGCCCCUUCUGCCUUCUCUGUUCCUCCUCUACUGCUGCCUCUUUCCCCUUCUCUAUUCCACUGUCGCUUUCGCUCUCUCUUCUAUCUCCCCCCCCCCCCCCCCUCUCUCUCCAUUCCUUCUCUUCCACCUGCUCCCUUCGUUUCAUUCUCCUUCUGCCUCCCGCUCUCUUUGGCUUUCCCCCUGUGUAGCUAUAGCUCAGGCAGUGACAAAUGGUUCCGCUUAGAACCAGAGGUUCUGUUUGAAAGAGUUCUAGAUCUCUGAGAUGGUUCUGACAGUUCCGUGUUGUGGUUCUAUGUUCUAGGCUCUCAGAGACGGAACCAAGCAGGUCCAGAUGGAUGAGGUUCCACUGGUUCCGGGAGAGACCAUCAAGGCUGUGGGUGGGCAUCAAUACUGUGUCUCUGUCUUCUCUGUCUCUCUCUCACGCUCUCUCACAUUCUCUCUCUCUCUCGAAUCCAGCUACUUUUCACUAUGCCUCUCCCUCUCUCCCUCUAGAUCUUUUUUUCUGCAUUUGGACUUCUUUUCCCAUUUUUCUCUACCUUUCUGUUUUCCUCUCUCUUGUCUUCAGCCUAGUAUGAGAGGAGCUCUAGUUGUUGAUAUGUUUCUGUUUGUUUUUUGUUGUUGUUGUUUGUCCCAUCAGCCAAGGAUGUGAUGUACAUAUGUCCCUUCACUGGCUUAGUGACAGGAACCCUCACCAGCACCGACUAUAAACUAUACUUUAUCAGCCUAGAGAGGGUAAGAGUACCCACAUGCACACUCAAGUUUGACUCAAGCUUGACCCUUGUUUGUUCACCCAACUCUUUAUUGAAAACUUUUAUAUGUAAACUUCCCCAUCCUGUCCCCGUCCCAUUCUUUUCCCAGGAUACUCCGUUCAUCCUGGAUGUGAACCUGGGCGCGAUCAGUCGCCUAGAGACCAUCAGUGUCCAGAGUCAUGAAGAUAACACACAGGGCAUGGAGAUAGUCUGUAAGGUAAGAGAGAAUACAACCCAGGAGUUACACAAAUGUAGUGUUCUCUGUUAAAAUGCAUGUGCUUACCCACAGCUUUACGAAUUUUGUACGAGUUGAAGGAAGGAUUGUUGGAAGAUCUGAUUUCAUUUGUAUUCAUAGCUUUUACUUAUAAAAACUCUCUCUCUUCCUAUCUCUCGCUCCCUUUCUCUCUCUCUCCCCUUCCUCUCUCUCCCUCCCUCCCUCCAUCAGGACAUGCGUAGUCCAAGGUUUGCCUAUAAGAAGGACGCCAGCCAACCAGAAAUAGUGGAGGUUCUAACCAAACACACCUUCCCCCUAUCAAAUGACCUGGUAAGACCUGUCAAUCAACCAAUACAGGGCGGGAGUUAAGGAUCCUAACAUUCUGAUAGGUGCUGGCAUGUAACUCAAUAUGGAUUGAGAUCUUAGUUAAAAUCCUUGCUUGUUGAUUUGUUGAGACCUGUCACUUACUCUCCCUGGCCUAUCCCUUUGCAGCCCCUGUUUGCCUUCCUGUAUAAGGAGGAGUUUCCUGUGGAUGGAUGGAAGGUGUAUGAUCCUAUAUCUGAGUACAAGAGACAGGUAACCAUGGCUGAUAUUAGCUAAGGGAAGAGAUGACAUAAGAAAUAAUAUUCCUGAUUUUCCAACAUUAGAAAACCAGGAAUUUCAGUGUAAUUGGAGAAAUCCAGUCUUAGUAAUUAGGAGAAAUCUCUUGAUUGAUUUGCUUUGAGUCUUGAAGUCCCUUGAAAUGUUUAAUGUAAGACUAACUUAUAUGUAAGGGAUAAACGCAGACGUUCUGUACAUUACCUUGGAAGUAAUGGACGACUAAAGCACACAUUUACCGGAAGAAAUAACAUGUUUUCAAUUAUAUUUUCAUUUUGAUAUGUGAAUCCAUAUUUUCUCAUUUUCCCACUAAAUCUGGUUGUUAGUUCUAUCUCCAGGGACGCGACCCAUUCAUUCUUUUUAUUCAGUUGCCAUGCUGUCUGGCAACGUUCUUAUCCCUUGCUUGCUAGCUACGGCUAAUACAGUCACGUCAACCUCUGCAGCCAGAAUAACAGCAAAGUAGCUGUAUUUGUGUUUGUUUAAGCUGUUUUCUAGUGGCAUUGAGUUGGAUACAUGAUGAUGCACAAUUUUUCCUGGCAUAGAAAAGUUUGCCUUCUCGUUAGGAUACUGUUCAUUACGAGGAUAUCAUUUGCAUAUCAAACACUAGGCUAGAAGCUAGCUAAAUAGCUUGUUGCUAGGAAAUAUGCCAAUAUGACAACCGAAUUCAACAAUAUAAUUUGCUGAAAACCGCUAGUCAAACUACAAAUAUGUGGGAGGAUUUGACAGCAUAGCGGCUCUUGCGUCAUGACUGCAACAUUGAAGGACCGGAGAAAUUCAUGUUCAUCCCAUCACUCGCCACGUUAGGUCAUCAGAUGUCUCUGCAAAAACAAAUGAAUGCUAGCUAGCUAACUACGUUUUUCCUCAUUGGACCUGCAUUUACAAUGUAUCCAAUAUCAGUUUGUAUGGUUGUUGGUUUAGCUUUCUGUAACUUUGUAGCAAGUAUGGUCUGCGUGUGCAGUGUAUCUGUCUUAGAGACAUCCAACUGUCCUGUAUAUCUGUUUUUAAUGCCUAUUUUCAAAUGCCCUUCUUGCCAAUCAGAAAAUAGUAUUAAACAAUGCUGUGUUAUAAGAACUGAUAAAGGAACUGUUCUUCACUACAUUUAGCAGUUCUUAUAUUCCUGCUCUCCCCACGCCAGCGUCUUCCCAACGAGAGUUGGACCAUCAGUAAGAUUAACAGUAGUUAUGAGGUGUGUGACACCUACCCUGCCCUGCUGGUCAUCCCCACUAGCAUCAAGGACGACGACCUCAAACGAGUUGUGGCCUUCAGGGCCAGGCACCGCAUACCGGUAUGUCUGGGGAUGAGUGUGUGUGGGGGUGGUAUAUAAAAAAAAAAAAGAGAUGUGUGUGUUUUACCUGUUGGUGCUAGUUUUGUGAAUACUGUGUACAUGUUAAAAUGUGCUAAAUUUGAGAGUUACCUGGAAAGUUUCUUCAAAAUUAUGACGAAAGUGACCUUGUACCCCACUAUGUGUUACCAUAAAUCCACUGAGAGAGCCAGGCCACUAUAGUCCUUAGCAGCCAGCUAACUCUCUCCUUCCUUUCUCUCUCUUCCUCUUGCGCGUUCUCUCUCUCGCCUUCCUCUUCUCUAGGUAUUGUCAUGGAUCCACCCGGAGAGCCAGGCCACUAUAGUCCGUAGCAGUCAGCCUUUAGUGGGCCCGUCUGACCGGCGCUGUAAGGAGGACGAGCGGUACCUCCAGACCAUCAUGGAUGCCAACGCUCAGUCUCACAAACUCACCAUCUUCGACGCCCGACAGAGCAGCGUGGCAGACAACAACAAGGUGAUCUAUUACAGUUUCUUACCAUUUAAGACAGUUGUAGUCAACUGGAGACCGUGAUGGAAGCAUUGGUGUUCAAGCUAAGUUUGACUAGAAUCUCAGCUAUGUUCUCUACAUCUAUAUCACUAUGUGUUUUAUGGUGACAGUAAAUUGAUGGUAUGGUAAACGUCUGGUAUGUACAGUAUUUGAGCAUUUUUGUGAAUGUCCUGUAAGUUGUGUCUGCCUGUUUGAGGUUACUCCAUGUCACACCACCAGCUCUCCAAGGGUUAUUUAUAACUGAAUGCCUGUUUCCAUCUCUUCCUCUCUUUCUGCUGCAUUCCUCUCUUCUGUCUCCUAUCCUCUCCCUUUUUCAUUUUAAUUUUUUCUCUUCUCACUUUUCUUUACUCCCUUAUUUUUUUCCCUUCUGUUCCUCUUUUGCCACUCUACUCAUUUCCUUUCCAUCCCCCUCCCUCCCUCUCUCUCUCCCUCUCUCCCUCUCUCCCUCUCUCCCUCCCCUCCCUCUCUCCCUCUCUCUCUCCCUCCCUCUCUCCCUCCCUCUCUCCCAGGCUAAGGAUGGUGGUUAUGAGAGUGAGAGUUUCUAUCCCAACGUAGAACUCAACUUCCUGGAGAUCCCCAACAUCCACGUGAUGAGAGAGUCACUGAGGAAACUAAAAGAAGUGGUCUACCCUACUAUAGAUGAGGCUCACUGGCACUCUGCAGUCGACCAGACACACUGGCUAGAGUACAUACGGGUGAGGACUCUUUCUCUCUCUCUCUUUUGCUCACGCGCAUAUACACACGCAUACACACACACACACUGGCUCAAGUAAGUGAGGGAGAGAGACGGAUACACACACAACACAUUUUCACAAGUCCUUACAUAUCCUCUCCCCUCUAGGUCCUCUUAGCGGGUGCGGUGCGUAUAGCUGACAAGCUGGAGUCUGGUAAAACCUCUGUGGUGGUCCACUGUAGUGAUGGGUGGGACCGGACGGCCCAGCUCACCUCUCUGGCCAUGCUGAUGCUGGACAGCCACUACCGCACCCUCAGGGGCUUCCAGGUGAGUAGGAGGGAUGGCGGGAGGAAGGAAGGGGGGAAGGGGAGAGGAAGAGAGUGGGAUAGCAGAGGAAGAGAGUGGGAUAGCAGACUGUGGUGUGUGAGGAAGGGAAACCUUUGUCUCUGUCGUCAAUUGUAUAAAUAAAGUAUAAGAGGUGUGUCUUCUCAGGUACUGCUGGAGAAGGAGUGGAUCAGCUUCGGACACAAGUUCGCCGCGGUGAGAGGAGUGUGCGUGUGUGUCUGCAUGGUUUCUUGUGUGUUUUCUUAAAGGUGUGUGAGGGGAUCUUUGUGCGUGCAUGUGUUUAAUAACCUGUGGGUAUGUUUCUCAGCGUGUGGGUCAUGGGGAUGAGAACCAUGCCAACUCGGAGAGAUCACCUCUCUUCAUCCAAUUUAUAGACUGUGUCUGGCAGAUGACCCGACAGGUGAGUGUUACACACACACACACAUAGAGACGCACGCACAGACAGACAGACGCACACACGCAGUACAUGCAUGUAGACACACAUCUGGUGAGAUUUCCCUGCUACACACACAUACAGGUAAUCGUGUAAUAAUUGUGUAGUUAUACUCAAUCUGUCUUUCUGUCUCUUUAUUUCUUCUAAGUUCCCUGCAGCGUUUGAGUUCAAUGAGUUGUUCCUAAUCACCAUUCUGGACCACCUCUACAGCUGUCUCUUUGGUACGUUCCUCUACGACAGCGAACAGGAGAGAGUCGCCAAUGUAAGUAUAAUUUCUUCACCGGCGGGGGUGGGAGACUGAGAGUUACAGUUCUCAACUGGUCUCUUAUGGUAAAGCUAUCUAUAGAAUGUUGAUUGACUCAUGCCCAUCUCUCUCUCUCCUUCUUCUUCUUCUUCACAGGAAGUCCAGACUAAGACAGUCUCUUUAUGGUCCUAUAUCAACAGUCAGCCAGAGGACUUCACCAACCCAUUCUAUGUAGACUAUAAGCACCACGUCCUGUAUCCUCUGGCUAGUGUUAGACACCUGGAGCUGUGGACCGGGUAUUACGUACGAUGGAACCCCCGUAUGAGGCCACAGGUGGGGGUGGUAGUGUGCUUGUUGAAGAGAGAAGGAAGGAAGGAAAUAAAUAAAAAGUGUGUGGGGGGGUGGGGAGUCCGAAAUCUGGCUUGCCUACUACUUACAUAAACUGCUUACUAUGUACUAAUCGUACUACAUACUAUUUAGAACUUACUGUUUAGAAAAACUAAUCUCCCUUGGUCAGAUUCUGCGUGUAGACCGAAGUAUCUGCCGGGAAUGAAUGGGAUCCGUGAGAUAUGAGCUGCAGUACCUCCGGUCUUUGGGUUUUUGUCACUGGUUAUAUGGACGUAUAAGGAUUGGGCGAAGGCGGUGCUUAAACCUUCGCUUCGAGUGCUUUGUACGUGUGCCAAGAGUGAUCGGAAGGGGAAGGCUUUGGCUGAGAGUUUUCUUUUGCAAGGGUGGGGACUUUGCAAACUGCUGAAACUCUCAAUAUCUAGCACAUAUAGACCCAAAAGUUAACCACGCAGCUGACCAAAAUAUGCAAGAUUUUACUUCUGAGUUAACUGACAUUAAGUCAAAAUGAAUGCAGUAAGCAACAAAUAUCAGCAUACUAGGCUCAUCCUACUGCGUCAUCUAAUGCUCAAUUAGUGUUGAUUCCAUCCAUUCGUUCAUUUUGGUAUAGAGCGUCCCCUCAGCUGAUUAUCAGCUGUUGUCAAACACACGUCUUGAAAGACAAUUAUCUUCCUCAAUAGUGUGCAGCUAGAUGAAAAGCCGAAAUGAGUAUGACUUCCUGGCAUUUAAAGCAUACUUAAUUUUUAGAACUUUCACAUACAGUACUAUUUAGAACGCAAGUAGUGGUAUUUCGGAAAUGGCCUGUGUGUGUGUGUUAGUUUACGGCUUGAUCUGCGCACACUCGUGUGUGCAUAUAGUGCAUUCGGAAGGUAUUCAGACCCCUUCACUUUUUCCACAUUUUGUUACGUUACAGCCUUAUUCUAAAAUGUAUUAAAUUGUUUUUUCUCCUCAAUCUACACACAAUACCCCAUAAUGACAAAGCGAAAACCGGUUUUUAGAAAUGUUUGCAAAUUUAUUAAAAAUAAAAAACAGAUACCUUAUUUACAUAAGUAUUCAGACCCUUUGCUAUGAGACUCGAAAUUGAGCUCAGGUGCAUCCUGUUUCCAUUGAUCAUCCUUGAUGUUUCUAUAACUUGAUUGGAGUCCCACCUGUGGUAAAUUCAAUUGAUUGGACAUGAUUUGGAAAGGCACACGCCUGUCUAUAGAAGGUCCCACAGUUGACAGUGCAUGUCAGAGCAAAAACCAAGCCAUGAGGUCGAAGGAAUUGUCCGAAGAGCUCCCAAACAGGAUUGUGUCGAGGCACAGAUCUGGGAAAGGGUACCAAAAAAUGUCUGCAACAUUGAAGAUCCCCAAGAACAUGGUGACCAAGAAGCUGAUGGUCACUCUGACAGAGGUCCAGAGUUCCUCUUUGGAUAUGGGAGAAGGACAACCAUCUCUGCAGCACUCCACCAAUCAGGCCUUUUAUGGUAGUGGCCAGACGGAAGCCUCCCAGUCCCUGCCGCUGAAAAACAUCUCCACAGCAUGAUGCUGCCACCACCAUGCGUCACCGUAGGGAUGGUAUUGGCCAGGUGAUGAGCGGUGCCUGGUUUCCUCCAGACGUGACGCUUGGCAUUCAGGCCAAAGAGUUCAAUCUUGUUUCUCAUGGUCUAAGAGUCCUUUAGGUGCCUUUUGGCAAACUCCAAGCGGGCUGUUGUGCCUUUUACUGAGGAGUGGCUUCCGUCUGGCCACUACCAUAAAAGGCACGACAGCCCGCUUGUACAGUACUGAGUAAAGGGUCUGAAUAUUUAUGUAAAUGUAAUAUUUCAGUUUUUGAUGUUUUAAUAAAUUAGCAAAAAUGUCUAAAAACCUGUUUUUGCUUUGUCAUUAUGGGGUCUUGUGUGUAGAUUGAUGAGGGGGGGAAAAACUAUUUAACCAUUUUAGAAUAAGGGUGUAACGUAACGAAAUGUGGAAAAAGUGAAGUGGUCUGAAUACUUUCCAAAUGCAUUGUAUGUGUGUGUACAUCUUUCUAACUAUGUAUCUCUCCCCAUCAGAUGCCAGUGCACCAGAACCUGAAGGAGUUAUUGUUCCUGAAAGCUGAGUUACAGAGGAAGGUUGAGGAGCUACAGAGAGAAGCAUCUUCAUCACACGGCUCUCUUUCCUCUUCAUCAGAACACACAUCAUCACCCUCACACAGCGGGGGCACGCCCCUACACACCACCGUCUGA